GAGGGCAUUACGUGUCACAUUAGUAAGCGGUGUGAAUGAAGUUACUCGUCUACUUUGUUGUCUUGUCUUAUUUUCUCGUAGUCAUACAUAAAUCUCGAUCACAUACUCAUUUUACACAAUAAUCUCUUCCAUGGCUUCCCUCAAUCUCCUUCCUAACCCCUCAACUUCUCUCUCUCGCUCCCUUCCAUUUUCUUCUUCUUCUUCUCCUUCUUCGUCUUCUUGUUUCUAUCCAAGAGGUUUUGUUCCUCGUCGCAAUUUCCACGCUUUCACUCCAAAAGGUAACAACCAUCUUAAGCCAUUCCUCGUUGUCAAAUCUGCUGUUGAUGAGGCCCCUGUCGCUGAACCUCUUCCAUUUCCUUUUGGGGAAUCUAUCUCCUCCUUGAAGCUCAAUCUUCUGAGUGCUGUUUCUGGACUAAAUAGAGGUCUCGCUGCAAAUGAAGAAGACCUAGAAAAGGCAGAUGCUGCUGCUAAGAAACUUGAAGCUGCCGGAGGAUUAGUAGACCUUGGAGAUGACCUAGACAAAUUGCAAGGAAGAUGGAAACUGAUAUAUAGCAGCGCAUUCUCCUCUCGUACUCUAGGUGGGAGCCGUCCUGGACCUCCCACAGGAAGACUCCUUCCUAUAACUCUUGGACAGGUUUUUCAACGAAUUGACAUCUUAAGCAAAGAUUUUGAUAAUAUAGUGGAGCUUCAGUUGGGUGCUCCAUGGCCUCUACCACCGCUCGAAGUAACAGCCACAUUAGCUCACAAAUUUGAACUCAUAGGAUCUUCAAAGAUCAAGAUAAUAUUUGAGAAAACUACUGUGAAGACAACUGGGAAUUUUUCACAGUUGCCACCAUUUGAUGUACCUCGAAUUCCAGAUGCAUUUAGGCCAUCGUCUAAUAAAGGAAGUAGUGACUUUGAAGUUACAUAUCUCGAUGCGGAUUUCCGCGUCACCAGAGGAGAUAAAGGCGAGCUAAGGGUCUUUGUGAUUUCAUAAGUUCUUGGUUUUUGAUCCAACUCCGGUGCCUGUCAUCUUUUUGUUUUCGCUUUUCUGAUAGUAUUGUCUUGCUAUAUAUAUUCUUCAAUAUUGUAACAUCGAUAUACCUGACCUACACUAUGGAGCUCCAAGGGAACAGUGUACUUUUGUUUUAGUACAACAUAUUGAAUCUUAAAGGAAUAUUUGUAUAUAGGUCUUCGUAACAUAUGGAUGAUGAUAUAAGCUGUUGAGAGAACUCCUUUUCAGUUUCGGUCUCCAAUUCCUUUGAAAUAAAGUUCUAUUUUGAGAUCUAA